CCGUGAGCCCUCGGGGAGUGGUGAGACCGCGGGCGGGCGGCUGCGGGUGAGGCGCGGGGUGGGGGGCGGGGGAGUCAUGGCUAGGCGCGGCUGGUUGCAGGCGUCUCUCCACCAGGCUGGCGGCGACGGCGGCUCUUCCCGGGCCCGCCGACUCACGCGGUCGCUCUGCUUGCUCCUCGCAGUGGGCGUCUUCGGCUGGGCCGGGGCUUCGGACGGCGCCGACAGGGCGGCUGGAGCCAUGGACGAGGAGAUCGUGUCAGAGAAGCAGGCGGAGGAGAGCCACCGGCAGGACAGCGCCAACCUGCUCAUCUUCAUCCUGCUGCUCACCCUCACCAUCCUCACUAUCUGGCUCUUCAAGCACCGCCGGGCCCGCUUCCUGCACGAGACCGGGCUGGCUAUGAUCUACGGUCUGUUGGUGGGCCUUGUUCUUCGAUAUGGCAUCCAUGUUCCGAGCGAUGUGAAUAAUGUGACCCUGAGCUGUGAAGUACAGUCAAGCCCAACGACGUUACUGGUGAAUGUUAGUGGCAAAUUUUAUGAGUAUACACUGAAAGGAGAGAUUAGUUCACAUGAACUCAACAAUGUUCAGGAUAAUGAAAUGCUGAGAAAGGUUACUUUUGAUCCAGAAGUAUUUUUCAACAUAUUACUUCCUCCUAUCAUAUUUUAUGCAGGAUACAGUCUGAAAAGGAGACAUUUCUUCCGAAACCUUGGCUCUAUCUUAGCAUAUGCUUUUCUUGGAACAGCAAUUUCUUGUUUUGUAAUUGGGUCAAUAAUGUAUGGCUGUGUGACACUGAUGAAAGUAACCGGACAGCUGGCAGGAGAUUUUUACUUCACAGACUGCCUGCUCUUUGGUGCCAUCGUCUCAGCAACUGAUCCAGUGACUGUUCUUGCCAUAUUCCAUGAGCUCCAAGUUGAUGUGGAACUCUAUGCCCUUCUUUUUGGUGAAAGUGUCCUCAAUGAUGCCGUUGCCAUAGUCCUCUCUUCAUCAAUAGUGGCGUACCAACCAGCUGGAGACAACAGCCACACCUUCGAUGUCACAGCCAUGUUCAAGUCUAUUGGGAUUUUCCUGGGCAUCUUCAGUGGCUCUUUCGCGAUGGGUGCUGCUACUGGAGUGGUGACAGCUUUGAUAUCGAAGUUCACCAAACUGCGGGAGUUUCAUCUGUUGGAGACAGGCUUGUUCUUCUUGAUGUCCUGGAGCACCUUCCUUCUGGCAGAAGCCUGGGGCUUCACAGGUGUUGUUGCAGUGUUGUUUUGCGGCAUCACUCAGGCUCAUUAUACAUACAACAAUUUGUCCACUGAGUCUCAGCAUAGAACUAAACAGUUGUUCGAGCUUCUCAAUUUCUUGGCAGAGAAUUUCAUCUUCUCCUACAUGGGCCUGACACUCUUCACCUUCCAGAACCACGUCUUUAACCCAACAUUUGUAGUAGGAGCUUUUGUUGCUAUUUUCUUGGGAAGAGCUGCCAAUAUUUACCCUUUGUCCCUCCUACUCAAUUUGGGUCGAAGAAGUAAGAUUGGAUCGAAUUUUCAGCACAUGAUGAUGUUUGCUGGCCUUCGUGGUGCAAUGGCAUUUGCCUUGGCCAUUCGAGAUACUGCCACGUACGCCCGGCAGAUGAUGUUCAGCACCACGCUGCUGAUUGUGUUCUUUACUGUGUGGGUGUUUGGUGGUGGUACCACUGCCAUGCUGUCAUGCUUACAUAUAAGGGUUGGCGUGGAUUCAGACCAAGAACAUUUGGGUAUUCCUGAAAAUGAAAGAAGAACUACCAAGACAGAAAGCGCCUGGCUUUUCCGGAUAUGGUACAACUUUGAUCAUAACUAUCUGAAGCCUCUGCUAACUCACAGUGGGCCUCCUCUUACAACCACACUUCCUGCCUGCUGCGGACCUAUCGCCAGAUGCCUCACCAGCCCCCAGGCUUAUGAAAACCAGGAACAGUUGAAGGAUGAUGACUCCGAUCUUAUUCUCAAUGAUGGCGAUAUUAGCCUGACGUAUGGAGAUUCUACUGUGAACACGGAGUCUGCAGCUUCCGGUGCCCCUCGGAGAUUUAUGGGAAACAGUUCUGAAGAUGCUUUGGAUCGGGAGCUUGCAUUUGGGGAUCAUGAACUGGUCAUUCGAGGGACGCGCCUGGUUCUUCCUAUGGAUGAUUCUGAACCCCCAUUAAAUUUGCUAGAUAACACGAGACACAGUCCAGCCUAAGCUUAACUAAUAGUCACUUAGUGAUUUGUAAAAUUUGCACAUGUGAUUGUGAAGAAAUCCGUACUACCUAAAAAAAAAAGUCCCAGUGCAUGUCUCUGAAUGUUGAAGCUAUAUAAAUGCUAUUUAUAUGGCACCGAAUGAAUAUAAAUAUCCUGUACAAGGCAGAUUGUGAACAAGCUAUCCUUUUAUGUUUUACUGGCUGCACUGUGUAGACUGGAUCUGUUUUAGAGAGUUAUUUUCACAGUGAUGUUGUGUGUUCUGUUAGCUUUACGUCUCAAACAUGACAGACUUAACACUCUUUCUUAUAUUUACCUAACACUUAACCAGAGUUCCCAGUUCUUGUGACGUGAACGAAUUUCAUUUUGUGGGAGGAGAGGGAGAGAAAAGACGGGAGUGCUGUUUCUGGGGAAGCCCAGGGAGGAGAGGUUCCUUUCAUUGGGAGAAUCGUGUAAGAAUGCUGCCGCCUGUUUCAUGACGUUGUCCUUUCCUUUUGCUCUGGUGGACUGUUGUGGUACAAGAGGCAUUUGGAGCUGGCCCCCUUCCAGGUUGGGGAGUGGUGUGUGGGGGCCCUCUUCCUCCUUCGCUGAGCAAGAACAGAUGGAUUGACCACACUGGUGUGUGUGUGGGGGGGGAGAUGGCUGCCAAUGACUUCUAAGACAGUGGAAGGAGCCACGUCCAGCAAGCGUAGCCAAAGUACAGGCGUAUAUGGUUGAGGGCACUUGAUUUCCAUCUGGAGGGGCUGGGGGGAAGGGCAGGUGGGAGGGAAGGAGAACAGCGGCUUGGAAGAUCUCUCUUCGCAACUCUGUAAAUAUUCCAGAGCCGAUACAUUUAAAUAAGAUAUGCAAUUGCUGCUUACUUUUUUGAUUAUGUACUUUAUCUGUAUAGCAAGCUUUGUGGUCAGAAGUUUUUAUAUCAAUUUAAAUCGCUGCUUUUUAGCAGCCAAACAGGAGCAAAAUGUAAAAAACAAAACAAAACAAAAAAACGAACUUACUGUGUUGUCCUGUGUCAUUGUUAGUCUGUAGCUCAUGUUGACAGUUCAUUUACGAAACCACACUACACCAGAGUUGAUUGUAAGGGAAAUACAUGUAGCACACUCGAGAGCGCGUAAAGAUGGCUGCUGCUUCAUGUGCACUGGCUGUAGUUGCCUUUAUUUUCAUGUUCCUUUUUUAAUAUUAAAUAGGCUGGUGUGUGUGUGUGUGUGUGUGUGUGUGUGUGUGUGUGUGUGUGUGUGUGUGUUCUCACAGUUUUCAAGAAAAAGUACAUGACAUUCAGCAUUCAGGGUAUGGAAGUGGAUUCUAGUUUGUAAUAAUGCUAAUUCCCAAAGGGUGGACUGAGUAUGUGAGAGGGGGAAAUUUGCGGGUGUUAAUUCUAACCUAUUAAUGUUUCAGAAGAGAAAUAAAAACUUCUGGGGGCUUCCUCCCACCCCACACCUGAGUUAGUGUUGCCUUAAAUCUUACCCAAUUCAAAAAUUGAUCUCUUGUAAGAACAUCCAAAUUUUCCAGACCAGAAUCAUCUUUUCAAACAAAGUACAUACUUCCUUCUCACAGAUGUAUUUGUUCUGUUGGAAACAAUCCUUGAGAUUGUGAGGGGGUUCUACUGCCAUACCUUGGAGUGGCAGCUCUAACUGUUGGCAUAGUCAUUUGUUUGUUAUGUAACGGUAGGGACUUUCCUGCCAUGCAGGAACCUGGUAAAGUUUGCAUUUUAUAUGCUGUGUGCCUCUUCAUGCAGUCAAUAAUUUCUUGUUGUUCUAUGUUUGAGGGACUUUGAACUUCAGCCUCACCCACAGAGCUGUUCAUGUUGUAAAAGGUCCCACCAGAAAUUAACAACUACCUUUUUUUAUUAUUAUUCUGUCCAGUUACUGAGCUCACAUUCUGAACAUGGCUGUAAAUAUUUAGCAUGACGACUUCAGUAACUUGUGUGUUUCUAGCAUGCAUGAGACUUUUUCCUUACGGAAACUGAUGAAGCUUGAGUCAGCUAAAUCUGCCUACGUACUUUGUCAAAGGGGGGGAACGAAGCCUGUCAUGCUUACAUCAGCACCUGGAAGAUUGUCCUCUCCUCUCAUGUUUCUGCAUAUCUCCAAGCAAAGAACAAAACAAACUCUGCUCAUACAUCUCUUGGGUUUAGACACCUGAGUGAACUUGGAUGAAGUUACAGUCUGAGCUACCAUCAUGUACAAGUAGAACUCCUCCCAGACUUGUUUUUCUGUUGUUUGUGACUCCUACACGUUUGAAUGACUUGAACAUUACAUCAUUUUAAGUUAUUUUUUAAGGUUCCUUGGUGUUUUAUCCUAGUCCGUGUUUGGCAAUGUGCUGUUAAAGUUAUAAGACUUUCUAUCUUUAUGUAUUUCUUUUUCUUUUCUCUUGGAGUACUUGGACAGAUGUUAAUAGUGGUUUCUUUUAGGAAAAAUCUAUCAUUAAAAAAUUAUAGCCUUGCAAAUAACCA